UCAGUGGACUAGAUUCCCAAAUGUGCUAGGUGUAACAGAUUGUACACAUGUUGCAUUAUCCCCAGAUUCAAGGAAUGCAAACAUCAUCAUUCUUUAACUGUGCAAGUUUUAUAUGAUGCUCAAUGUAUUAUCAUAGAUGUAGUUGCUAAGUGCCUUGGCUCAUGCCAUUACUCAUUUAUCGUGGAGAACAGUGCCUUGUUCAGAAAAUUCAAACGGGCUUAUAAGUGGAGUCUGGCUAAUUUUAAAAUAUAUUACAUGUAUAAUUAGCAUAUGACCAUUCGAAAACAUAUGUAACAACGCAUAUUCUUGUUUAACAUUUUUAUAAUGAUUUUUCACAAACAUAAACAUUUUUCUUUCCUGAAGUGUCGUGAUCACAACUACCCCUACUUCAUCCUAUCUGCUGUAACCAGGGGAACUGAGAACGCCUCAAGGGGGAGCGUUGUUCUGGAUAAGCAUGUACAGGCCAGCUAAAGUAAUACUUUUUUGCUGGUAUUUAAGAAAUACUAAUAGCUUUAUUGAGCACUGUAAUCCUGGAGCUGUAUGUAUAUCAUUAUUAACCUGAAGUUCAGCUGUUGAAAAAACAUGUCAGCAUGUUGUAUCUUCUGAGGCUGGCUAAUGAGUAAACUCUAAUCAGGUGCGUGUCCUGCAAGGUCCCUAUCAGGCGAUGUUUAUGGCAUUCAUAAAGCCCGCACUGGUGCUUUGCAGUGAUUGUAGCACCUGCUGGUUCAGUCUGUGAGUUGGGGGGAGAUCCGGAGCACAAUGUUGAAGAAGAUCCUGCUGUUUGGAGUUUUGGGGGCAGCGAUCCUGACUGUGGGCAUCCUCGUGGGGCAUUUUGGGAUAUCGCAGGACUCAUCUCCAACAUGGGUGAAAGAGAUGUCCCGGGAUGUGGACGAGUCCCUGAUUGAGCAGUUCAUCAAGGAGGUGGACAACAAGAACAUUGAGCAGAACCUGAAGACUCUGGCGUCGGAGCCCCACAUGGCCACCACUCCUGGGGAUGAGAAGCUGGUGAAGUUCAUGCUGGAUCGAUGGAAGGACCCCAACACUGGGCUGGAUGACGCAUGGAGACAGACCUACAAGGUGUUCCUGUCCUUCCCUGAUAAGAACACGCCAAACAGCUUCACAGUAGUUUCGCCAAACAACACAAUCCAGUACACCAGCAGGCUCAAAGAGAAGGCCUACACAGACGAUCAAAAUGACCCAGCGGUGGUGCAGCCCUACGCUGCGUACGCACCAGCAGGGCACCCAAAGGGAAAGCUUGUUUAUGCAAACCAGGGGAAAGUCAGUGAUUAUGAAUUCCUGAACAAGACCAUUGAUCUGAGCGGUACCAUUGCGAUCGUGAGGUACGGCGGGGCUGGCCGAGCCGAUAAGGCGAUAAACGGAGCCAAGUUCGGAGUUGCUGGGGUGCUCGUUUACACAGACCCCGCGGAUAUUAACGAUGGAAAGAUGUCAGACGCUACUGAGACCUACCCCCACUCCUGGUACCUGCCCCCAUCGGGGGCGGAGAGGGGCUCUUUCAAUGGCUACUUCGGAGACCUGCUUACCCCGUACUAUGCUGCUAAAGAACACACAUACAGAAUUCCAGAGAGUGACAUCACAGGAAUACCACCUAUCGCGACUCAGCCAAUCGGAUUUGAAGAUGCUUAUGCUCUGAUCUGUAAACUGGAUGGUGAAGAGGCCCCAGCAAUGUGGCAAGGAUCCUUUAACUGCACAUACAAACUGGGCCCUGGAUUCAGCAGCACCAGUGCGUUUGCAAACAGUGAUGUUCAAGUGAAUGUUUACAACAAAGAAGAGAUGAAAGACUCGGCCAAUGUGAUGGGGGUGAUUCGGGGGAGCGUGGAGCCAGACCGGUACGUUAUCUACGGCAAUCACAGAGACAGCUGGGUGCACGGAGCCAUCGACCCGAGCAGUGGCACUGCGGUCAUGCUGGAGAUCACACGGGUCCUGGGGAAAAUGCUGAAGGAAGGGAAGUGGAGGCCACGCAGGUCCAUCAUUUUUGGGAGCUGGGGUGCAGAAGAGUUUGGCUUGAUCGGCUCAACAGAAUAUGCUGAGGAAUACUACAGCAUGCUGAGGGACAGGACCAUCGCCUAUAUCAAUGUGGAUAUCUCUGUUUUUGCAAACGCCACUCUGAGAGGCCAAGGAUCCCCCGCAGCCCAGAGUGUCAUCUUCACAGCAGCCAAGCAGGUGAAGACUCCUGGUUCCCAGACCACCUCCGUUUAUGACAACUGGAUCCGGUAUUCCAAUCGCAGCAGCCCCAGCUAUGGGGUCAUUCCCAGUCUUGGAUAUUUGACUGGGGCUGGCAGUGACUACGCUCCCUUCAUGCACUACCUGGGAAUCACCUCCAUGGACAUUGCCUACACCUACGACAGGAGUAAAACCAAAGCCCGAAUCUAUCCUGCCUAUCACACUGCCUAUGACACCUUCGACUACACUUCCAAGUACAUAGACCCAGGUUUCACGAGUCACCAGACCGUGGCGCGCACCGCUGGCAAUGUGCUGCUGCGGCUGGCAGACAGCCUGGUUAUCCCAUUCAACACCAGCGACUACGCUGAGGCGGUAGAGCAGUACUACAACACUGCCGCAGAGAACUUCAGAGACAAGAUGAACGUCGCAGGCAUCUCACUGGAACCAUUAAGCGCAGCUGUAAAAAGGUUCCAUGAAGCCACCUCCUUUCUGAACCAACAAAUCCACAACUUGGACAUGGCCAAAGAAACUCCUCUGAAGAUUCGCCAGAUUAAUGACCAGCUGAUGUUCCUGGACAGGGCUUUCCUUGACCCCAUGGCCUUCCCAGACAAAUACCACUAUCGACAUGUGAUCUGGACCUCCCGGUCUUCGGGUGUGGCCACUUUCCCUGGCCUGGCCGAUGCCUUUGCAAAGGCAGACAAAAGCAGGUUAAACAGCGACUGGGAGCAGGUCAAGAAGCACCUGACAAUAGUCAUCCAGGCCAUAGAGGGCGCUGCGUCCACAUUGGAAGCUGCGAUAGAAGCAUCUGGUCAGUGACCUUGAUGAGAUAAAAUGCUAACUGAGAAACAGACCACUAUUAAAACAUGUUUCCUUUAAAUAUUUCAAUAAAACUCUGGUUUGUAUUUGACAAAAAAAUGGUGUAGCAAGCAGUUUCUUUUAUGAGACCAUAGCUUUUGUUCUUGGUGUCGCAGAUAACAAAACUUGCACAGUGGAUUGAAAUAAGAUAGACAGAGCGUCGCGGACAGCAUCGUGUGAUGCACCGUCACCACGAAUUCUAACCCUGUCGCUGAGAGCAGGUUCAAAUUUCUAGAACUGCUUGUGCAAACUGCUCCGGCUCUUUUCUACAGUGGUUCAGAGACUCACUUGGAGAAUGUAGCCCUUGCGGUAGUAGCCCUAAAGCAGUAUUAACUAAAAAUGUAAGCAAUUUUUUAAACUUGAUACAGCUGCGCUUAAAACUAUCAGUGGUUCCAACUCACUUCUAAGAGGAGGGAGCAGCUUGGUGUUUAGAAUGGGGUUAAAACGGCUACUAAUUUGACUGAAUAGUUGAGGUAAAACAAAAGUCGGCACGUUAAAAAAUAAAUAAAUAAAUAAACGUAUUUGAUGUCUGGUGCAGUUUUUCUAUUUGCAUUGUAAAGCAGUUUAGUUUUAGUGGUAUGUUAUGAAUUCUAGAAUGGGAUCUCAGAACAGAUGUAUAAAAUAGCAAACCAGACGCAACACAACUGAUUUGUACAGACGCUCUGGUGCUGGAUUGACAACUGCCUAUCAGAGGCACAACACAACGAGGGACGGCAAUUGUCAAUUUGUCAUUGGAAGAUGCAUCUCUUUAAUCCCCAUCUUUCUUGUACAGUUUCUCAAACUGUAUUUAUCUUUCAUAUAUUUCUACCCAUCU